AACUGGCUCAGGGCUCUCUGGCGGCCGGACUUCCCAGGAAAGUUUUUGUCGUUUUCCGUGUUCGCUCCAUUGCUCCAGUUUUGACCUUAUUUUGUGGAGGAGGGGGACCUCGCACUACAUUCCUAAGCGGCAUAUUUUUGUGUUUUUCCAGUCUUGCGGACCCCCGGGAUAAAGUGAACCGGUACGCGGGGUCGGAGGCAGGCCACGGAUGACCGAGGGAUUGUUUAUGUAUCUUUUUGGAUCUCAUAACGAGUUAGAGUCGGUGUAUACUUUAUAAACUGAUCACCAAUAAUGAGUGGACAUCCGCCGCCACGGCGGCAAACAAAUGUCAGUUCGAUACUACUGUCUACGCAGGAAAAUGAAUGCCUUUUCAACCACCUUGGCAGGAAAUGCAUCACAUUGUCUACAGGAGUGGUCCAGGUGUUCAUAGCAGAUAGGAGCUCCAACUGGAACAAGAAAUGCUGCGGGGUGGCCUGUUUGGUCAAAGACAACCCCCAACGAUCCUACUUCAUCAGGGUCUUUGACAUCAGGGAUGGGAAGGUGAUGUUUGAACAGGAGCUGUACCACAACUUUAGCAUAACCACCUCCAGACCGUACUUCAUCACAUUUGCAGGAGAUUCAUGCCAAGUGGGUCUGAACUUUGCUAAUGAGGACGAGUGCAAGCGUUUCCGGGGCAUUGCGAUGGACCUUAUGGGGAAAAAGCAGAGGAAAACCGAGAAGAGACGCGACCCUCCAAAUGGACCUGCGCUGCCCAUGGCGACUGUCGAUAUCAAAAACCCAGAGAUCAACAGUGUUCAGCGUUAUCACAACAACUCUCAGAUGAACAACAUUGUGCACUCUUCCUUUGCCAAGAGGGAGAAAAAGAGCAAAGGGGGGAAGAAGAAGAAGUUGACCAAGGCAGAUAUCGGCACACCAAGCAACUUCCAGCACAUUGGGCAUGUAGGAUGGGAUCCAAACACAGGCUUUGAUUUGAAUAAUUUGGACCCAGAGCUGAAGAACCUGUUUGAUAUGUGUGGCAUUUCUGAGGCUCAGCUAAAGGAUAAAGAGACCUCUAAGGUCAUCUACGAUUUCAUCGAGAAGAACGGAGGUGUAGAUGCUGUCAAAGAUGAGCUACGGAAACAAGGUCCGCCCAGGUGGAGUGCUCCUCCACCUCCACCUCCAUCCAGAGGUGGCCCUCCUCCCCCACCUCCACAUCACGGCUCCGCCCCUCCUCCUCCCCCUCCUCCUGCACGGGGGCGAGGUGCCCCGCCACCUCCUCCCCCCUCCAGAGCGCCCGUCUCUGCACCCCCACCUCCCCCUCCAUCACGGCCAGGCAUGUCUGCUCCGCCGCCGCCUCCCCCGCCCAGCCGCGGCCCACUCCCACCCCCACCCCCACCAGCCCACGCAUCCAUUCCCGUCGCACCUCCCCCACCACCACCACCUCCCAUUUCAUCUAGCGCUGGCGCACCUCCUCCCCCUCCUCCUCCUCCACCUCCUCCUGGUCCUCCACCCCCAGCUCCCCCACUCCCCACGGAAGCUAACGGAGGAGACAGCAGCCUGCCAUCAUCCGGAAAGUCGGCGCUGCUGAGUCAGAUCAGAGAAGGAACCCAGCUGAAGAAGGUGGAGCAGAGAGAGAGGCCGGUAUCCAGCGCGGGCAGAGACGCACUUCUGGACCAAAUCAGACAAGGAGUUCAACUCAAAACUAGGGACGAUAAUAACGAACCACCACCUUCCACACCAGCCCCAUCAUCGGGCAUUGUUGGGGCCCUCAUGGAGGUGAUGGAGAAAAGGAAAAGGGCUAUUCACUCUUCAGACGAGGACGAUGAUGAUGAAGAUGAAGAAGACUUUGAGGAGGAGGACGAGUGGGACGACUAGUGUUUGUUUAUUUUUGUUUGUUUUUUUUGUUUUUUCUUUUCCUCCUCUGCCCAAAACGCCCCCUGAAUGAUCACAACACUAAAAAUUGUUUUUGUCUUUGGAAAAAAGAAAUCUUUAAUUUCAAACUUCUAAAUGUAAAUGUUCUAUCCAUUUGCUGUAUAUUUUUGUUGCCUUCAUGCCUUUUUAUUAAUCUGUGCAAUACCUCAUUUAAUCUGUAAAUGUUUGUCAUUGUCAUCUUCAGUCGCCAUCCCUUCAUCUUUUCCUUUUUACGCCUUAUUGGCUAGAUCUGUCUCUUGAUAGCAAUAUGUCUUAUCUCUCAUUUUAAGUGCCCCCCCCCCCCAACAUACACACACAUCUCUCUCGUUUACCUUCAUCUGUCAUCCAGCCAUCUUUCAUAUCUGCUGCAUCCCAUCACACACGUUCCCAGAGUCCAAAGUAACGUGCAAUUUUUAAAUCAACUUGUCUCUCGAACUUCAGCGUCUAAUGUUAUUUUGGGGUGGCUGCUUACAAAACAAGUUGCCACAGAUCUUUCGAUUAAUCGUACCAUCGUUGUUCAUUAGGGGAAAAGAAUUAACUAUUUUCAUACCCUACGGCUCUGUAGUUUAUUUUUACGUAUUCAAAUGAUCCUAGUUUAGCACUCAUAUUUUCUUAAAGCAAAGAAGAUUUUUGGAAUAUUUAGCCUCAUUUGUUGUGGACUGUAAAUUUGCUCCAGAGUUUGAGUCUUGUUAUAUUUUUGCACAGAUUAAAAAGAGGAGACUCGCUGCAUGAAUACAGGACAUUUUCAGGUCUGCUUCAUUAUAGAAAUUACAUACGCUUUAGGGAAUCAGACAGAAAUACACUCGUUGUUUUAAACAUACCACACUACAAACAGUACAUGAAUGGAGGUUGCCCACAGUGUUAUGGCAGGCUAUCUGUUGUGAUUUUUAGGUGUUUUUGUUAUGUUUUUUUUGUCAGCGGCACACUAAAGAUUCAGCUGAAUCUGUGUUCUAUUUUUUAAAGUAGCAAGCAGAGUAUUAAUAAAUGCCUGUUUGUUGGAAUCAGGUCAUUCAUCGUGUAAAACUUGUGGAAUAAAGACAUUUUAGUUUUCGUACCUGAUGCUUAUCAUGGGUCCAUAUGCUAAGUUACUGUGCAGAAAUAGCAGGGCUAACAUCAUGUACUUCCUACUAUAGGAAGAAAUGCAUUCAUGGCAUUCUUCUAACAAGUAUCAUUCCUUUUAUCUAAUUGUAAAUCAUGAGGUGUAACAUAGGAGUCAUUUCCAUAAAGAACUCAGUGGUUAACAGUUAUCUGCAAAGGCUAAAGACUCAAGGUGUCAUUUGAUCCAAACUAAAAAAAAAAACAAAAAAAAAAAAAAAAAGUUCUCAGUAAUUUUUUUUUAUUUUUUAUUAUUUAAAUGGAAAAUAGGACAAAAUAUUUCCAUUAAGGAAACUAUUUAAAAAUCUGUGUAAUUGUUAGAGAACUGCUAUUUGCAUGGUUGUGCAAAUUCCUUCUAACCUGUUUGUCUCUAUAAAGUGAUAUUAUGUAGGUUAACUUUUUUUCUAAACAGCGACUGAUGUGGACAGAUGUGGGCAACUUUCCCUUUAAUGCUUUCUGUCAAAGGUUUUGCAAGGCAUGUUUAAAGGUGAAUGUUGACACAAAUCAUGUUUUCCUAAAUGUAUAUAGGCUGCUUACAGCUAACUAUGGAAGCUUGUUUCUGCCACCAUUUUUUUUUUUUUUUUUGCCAUGCUUAAAUGAAAAUGUCAGGUUACUAUCUCAAAAUUUCAACUUGACUUAAAAUUUUGAGAUACCUAGUAAGUUGAAACUUUUGAGUUUGGUCAAAAUUUUGAGAUACGCAAGUUGAAAUUUCAAAUUAUCAGAUCAAGGUUUCAAGUUAUGUAUAUCAAAGUUUUAAGUUGGGUAUUUCAGUUUCAACGUAUUCAGCAACGUGUGUAACUUGAAAUCUUAAGAAGUCAAAAUUUUUAUUUUUUUUCUUUCCGGUGGCCGAAACAAACUUCAAAAGCUAACGAAAUUAUGACAGAAAAUGGGCACGAGUGACUGUUAUUGGAAAGUGCUGUAUUCUCAAAUGUCCUCUAACAGCAGCAAAAAUGGGAAACUAACAUUUAUCAUAAAGUAAUUUAUUCUUUUUUUUUUUCUUUCUUUUUUUUUAGUUAGCUGACAUUAGCCAUUAGCAUACAUUUACGACACACAUUAGAAUUUAGGCCUCUAAAGUAGUAGAGAUAAUUGAUUACGCAUGGGUUGGGAGUCAGGUUAAGCAUCAUGAGGCAUGACUGGUUUAAGUUUUGAGGAAACAGCUUGUUUGCUAUGAGUCUUUGAAUUUAAGCUAAAUUAAUCUACAUGCUAGCUGUUUAUACCAAACCAAAGAAUGUGGCCGUGACACAGAAAACUGAACUGAAUUGGGUAAAGGGGGGGGGUGGUAUUGCUCACCAUAAAGCAUAAAACAUUUUGUAACUGUGUCAUCAAGCUAAUUGAGUUGUGUCACUCUUAGUAAUUAAAACUUAAAAUAUUACAUUUAAAAAAAAAAAAAAAAAAAGCAUUUUAGUCUGUGUGUUGCUACUUCGGCUAACACAUUUCUGGGUUAUAAUAGACCAACACAGACACUCGGUGUGUGAAGUUUCUAGGAUAGCAAACCGAAGAAAAGGAAGUAAAAGAUACUUUGAAGAAAUGUAAAUGUUUUCUAUCACAGUAUUUUUCUAGAAACUUCACACAACAAAUGUUUUCUUUAAAUUGUGUCUUUGAGAAACAAAUUGCCACUUGUUUGAUUUCAUAACUGACCUCUUUGUCAACUAUAUAGAUACUUCUUAGGGGGAAAACCAGCCAUGUUUUUGCUGAUGUUAGCUUCUGUAGGUAACUCGGUUCAUAAGACAUUGUGGAUGCCAAGUCUUACCAAAAAGGCAGGACAAAUAAUGAACUCUUACAAUGUACACUCCAAUAAAAGGUUGAUCUAUAAGUA